GCCUGGUGCUCUUCCCGCCGCCCUCCCUCCUCCCUGCUGUGUCUCAACUCUAUAUGGCUCUUGCUAAAUUACCUUUUAUCUUACGUUUCUCCAUCUCAUUAUCUCCUCUCUCUCUCUCCCUUAUACUACCUCAGUUUCCUGCCCUCUCUGUCUCCCUCCCUCAAUCUCUCCUCAUUCGUUGCCCUACCCCAGUACCCUACCCUCCCGCCUCUCGUCGACUCACUGUCAUUCGCUCGUCUGAGGUCGCCGAGUGUAGACGGGCAGCGGGUCAUACGAGCCUGAAAUAAUUACGCAUUUAUUUGGGUUAUUGAAGAUUACAGGUUCCAAAAUAUUCAAACUUUUUUAUAACUUUGUUCAAAACUCCCAAGUGAACUUAUUAACACAUUGAGAAGUGAAAAUAACAAAUAAAAGUGUUUGUUCAAAGUGAUAAUAACAGUUCAUAGUGAGAGGUCCUCUAGAAACAGUGACUGAACACGGCUGAACACUACUGAACACUGCUGAACACGGCUGAACACGGCUGAACACUGCUGAACACGGCUAAACACUGCUGAACACGGCUGAAGACUUCUGAACACAAUGCAACAACCACCAUCACCACCAUCGCUCCUUCUGACACUGGUACUGGGAUUAUGGAUCGUGGUAGGUCCUUCUCCAGCCCUUGCGGUAACCACUACUCCAGACAACACAUUGGGGCAGUCGCUGGUUUACCCCAAGGACGCCAACAUACUGCUGGGGGCGCUGUUUCCUAUACACACAAGACAACGAGACGUAGCGACGGGAGUCAAUGUGUGUGGUGAGUUACAGGAUGAGGAGGGAAUCCAACCACUGGAGGCCAUGCUGUACACCUUAGACCAGAUCAACGAAGACCCUGACCUCUUACCAGGGGUCAAACUCGGUGCCCUCGUCAUGGACUCCUGUAAUGCCCCAAAUUUAGCCCUGAAUCAGACCUUAGGGUUUAUUAAAGGGUAUCUGGCUGGUCAUAACAAGUACCAUCAAUCAGAGUUUACGUGUGGUGACGGCAGCGCCCCGACCUACCGCGGCGGUGAGUUUGACAAGGUGGUGGGUGUGAUAGGUGGUCAGCAGUCGUCAGUCUCAGUACAGAUGGCCAGUGUGCUGAGAGUAAUAGAGUUGCCUCAGAUCAGUUAUCUCAGCACCUCUGCAACUCUCAGCAACAAGGACCGCUAUCCCUUCUUCCUAAGGACUGUGCCCUCUGAUACCACCCAGGCACAGGCCAUCCUACGUGUCCUUCAGGACUUCAAAUGGACCUACGCCAGCAUCGUGUACAGCAGCGGGGAGUAUGGAGAGGGAGGCUUUCACCAGCUCCUGAAGAAAGCCUCUGAAUACAACGUGUGCUUCCCUACCCCACAUCAUAGACUCUCUAGCGACGACUCUGAAGACGAUUACAAGCGAGUGGUGACCGCCUUGAUCAAGGGAAAGGCUAAUGUGUGUGUGUUAUUCGCUGGCAGUAGCGCUGGGGACUCACUUGAAACAGUCAGACUUCGUGGACAACAAAAUCGAUUCCUCUGGCUUGGCUCUGACGGUGGGAGUUCCUCGUCUUUGAUGAACGUUGAAGCAGUAGCAGAAGGCGCCAUCUCAGUCCAGCCCCUCAUCAGGUCACUCCCGGGGUUUGACGAAUACUUCACCAACCUCACCCCUGUCACCAACACCCGCAACCCGUGGUUCACUGAGUACUGGCAGCAUCUUGGUUGUGCUCUCGACGCCCCCACCUGCCCCUCCGUCGGUGAGAACUACCGACAAGUACCUUGGUUACAUUUCGUUCGCGACUCCGUCAUCGCCUUCGCCCACGCUCUACACACCAUGUGGGAGGACAAGUGUAAGGGUAGAAAGGGACUAUGUGAGGCCAUGGUCCAUAAUGGUCACAUACACGGCCAGGACCUCUACAAUCACCUCCUUAACGUUCAAUUUCCAGACGUAAGUAACAGCACCUUCAGGUUCGUCUCGUCAGGAUCAGGUCCGGCGAGGUACAGUGUUCUCAACUACCAACAUGACGACCAUUACGCCUACAGCUGGACCAAAGUGGGAACCUACACCAAUACUACAGGAGCUACGGCAGAACUACACCUAGACAUGGACUCAGUGAAAUACAGAGACUCCCAAGAUUUCCCAGAGUCUUCUUGUGGGAUUCCCUGUAAGCCGGGUCAAGCAAAAAUACUCAUGACAGACAAGUGUUGUUGGUAUUGUAAAAACUGUCAGUCAUACCAGUACCUAAACACCACGACCCAGCUGUGUGUUGACUGUGGUGAGUGUAUGAAGCCUGAAGUGGGACAGGAAAAAUGUGUCGACAAGGAGGAGAAAUUUAUCGACUAUAAAAAUCGGUGGGCUAUAACUUCUCUGGCCUUCGCUAGUAUAGGUAUCUUUAGUACGGUCCUCGUCGGCGUAAUCUUCUGGGUACACUUGGACACUCCCGUCAUCAAAGCCUCCUCCAGGGAACUCUCCUACAUCCUGCUAGGGGGAAUCUUCUUCUCCUUCGUCAUGAGCUUCGUGAUCGUGGCGCCGCCCUCCCGGAUGACAUGUGGCCUCACUAGGUUCUUCGGCUUCAUCUACACCGUCUGCUACGCCGCCAUCUCCACCAAGACCAACUUUAGGAUUUCGAGGGAUUUUUAGCAGAAUAUCACAAAAGUCUCCAGAAGGUGAGGUGCCAAGUUCACGUCACCGUUCUCCCAAGUGGUGAUCGUGUCGUUGUUAGUAAGUGUUGAGGUGAUCAUCAACGUUGUCUGGUUACUGAUGCACAAUCCAGAUAUCAAGUACAUGUGUGAUAGGGCCUCAGACUUCCGGACCAGGAUCUGUGGAGGUCUUGAUGACUACACCUAUAUUGUGGGGCUGAUUUAUCCAUCUCUAUUGGUGCUGCUCUGUACACUCUACGCCAUUAAGACACGCAAGUGUCCCGACGGAUUCAACGAAGCUCGAUACAUCGCCUUCACUAACUACACCACCUGUCUUAUCUGGCUUGUGUUCGUUCCUCUCUACUUAUCUACGGGUUCCUCAGAUGACAUCAGAAUCGUCACCCUGGCUAUGUUCCUCUCUCUAGGAGGCUUCGUGCAGUUGGGGUGUCUGUUCUUCCCGAAGGUCUACAUCGUCCUCUUCAAGCCCGAGAAGAACACAAGGGAUGUUAUCAUGAGCGUGAAGAGGAACUCCUACCCGGUGGACACCUCAUUUAAGACUUCUGGUCGUUUCCCCUCUCUGCCACUACAGGAGAGACCCGCCCUUCAGUCUUCCCCAGCCAUCUUCUUCCAUAAUGGAGCGAUGGACAGUCCUCUAGAGACGCAAAAACACCCAGCCAAAGCAGCAGCCAUUUCAGCGGGAGCAACAGGAACAGUUGUACUUUGUCCACCGAGACACACAAGCAAGACACUGCCGCCCCUCUCUACGGAAACACCAAGACGCGCCAGCAAAAUGUUUCUCUCGGUCAUCCAAAACAAAGACAGUGACCCACCUGCUUUCUGAAGUUAACCAGCUGUCUGUCUUUUGAACCAUCUGUCUAGGAAGUUACAGAACAAAGACGGUCAUCCAUCUGUCUCCUGAGUUAGUGAACCAUCUGCUCAGUAUACCAGCUGUAUAAGAUACCCCCUGGUCCUUAUAUAAGUGGUUCACUGCAUACAAUGGACCCUCCCCCAUUCCUAAUGGGUUAUGUUUUAGUGGACCUGUUCUAAUGGACUCUAGUCUUAAUUGAUCCUAUGCCUAAUAAACCUUAAAUACAAAGGGUACUAUUUCACUGAAGAUAUAAGAUCAAACUAGUUUUAUUAUCGUGUACUGUAUUUUAAGUGUCAUUGUACAAACGUUUCACCAAGCGCCAAAAUUAAACCAGUUUGUGUGUUUUUGUCGUCACCAUACACACGUUUUAAACUCAAGUGAUUAAACUGGUUUGUUGUUUUUCCUUCUGUCAAGUUUCGCCUCAACUCAGUUUUAUUAUAGUCACUAUUCUCUGGGUUUAAUGUUUUUAUUUAUUUGUUUAUUUAAAGUUAAACCAGUUACACUUAUUGUUCUUGUUGUUUAUGCUGAUUUUCUGUGUUUUUGUUUUGGAAUAAAUAGAUGAGUGUGCUAAGCUAUUAUUAUUUUUUUAUUUUUUUUUCUAAAUUUAUUCAUUAGUGUUAUGUGAAGUUUAUAGAGCUGUAGUGAACUUACUUCAUUAAUAUUAUCAUUAUUUAUUAUUAAUAUUAUUUUUUUUAUUACCAUUAUUAAUUAUUAUUAUUAAUUAUCAUUAUUAUUAUUAUUAUUAUUAUUAUUAUUAUUAUUCCACUAUUUGUCAUAAUCCAUUUAAACAUUGUCUAUUGAAUUAACCCAAACUGUGAUAAUUAAUUAGUAAUGUAAUGUUAAAUAUGAAUCUAUUAAUAUUUCAUGCCAUCUAUAUGUAUAUGACAGACUAUAUAUUUAUGUUAAUAUAGGUUUUACCAGAUAAUGUUACCAAGACCAAAUGAAUUACCUUUUUGUAUAGUGUGUGUGUGUAUGUCAGUCUGUCUCUGUCUCUGUCUUUUUCUGUCUCUGUCUGUCUGUCCAUCUUUGUUUUUGUCUUUUUCUGUCUGUCUCACUUUCUUUCAGCCUGUCUGUCUAUCUUUGUUUCUGUCUAUCUGUCUACGUGAUGUAUUAAGCCAAGGUAACAUAAGUCAUUAACAAAGAGUAACAUCCAUUUACAGGGUAUAUAAUACUUUCCAAUCCUCAAAGUAGACUUAUUUUUUAUACUUUUAUACUUUUAUAUUAAUAUUAGACCACAGGUAUAUAUUAUAAGGUUCCUGUAUGUUAUAUAUUAGAGUGAGAAAUUAUAAUAUUUUCGAUUGAACAGUCGUGCCAAAAAAAAACAGAUCCAGAUUUUGUUAUAUAUGAAAUCUAUUGUUAUUAUUUUUGUUUGGCUCUGUAUAUCGUGGUCCUCAGUGUAUUACUGUGUUGCUUCUGAUGUCUGUUUGAACGUGUGUAAUAAAAAAAAAUGUUUG